AUGCUGUCAUUUUCUCGCUCGGCCAUCCUCUCCUACCUACUGUGGUGCCUUCUAUUUCUCACCUUGGCAAGCAGCCAUGGCGCGGUCGCCACAGCAGAGCCGAAGGUUGGGUUCGGGUACAAGCUGGUGUCCCUUGUUCAGCUGCCCAACGGGGGAGGCCUUGUGGGCUACCUGCAGGUGAAGCAGCGCACCUCCACUUACGGCCCUGACAUCCCUCGCCUCAGGCUCUUUGUUAAGCACGAGACCAGGGACAGGGUGCGCGUGCAGAUCACCGAUGCAGAUGAGCAGAGGUGGGAGGUCCCCUACAACCUGCUCCCAAGGGAGCCAGCCCCACCCGUGACCGGCGGCAAGGUCACGGGCGGCCCCUUCACGGGCGCCGAGUACCCCGGCGAGGAGCUGGUGUUCACCUAUGGGCGUGACCCGUUCUGGUUCGCGGUGCACCGCCGGUCCACGGGGCAGCCGCUGUUCAACACCAGCGCCGGCGCGCUGGUGUUCAAGGACCAGUACCUGGAGGUGUCCACGGCGCUGCCCAAGGACGCCGCCCUGUACGGUCUCGGCGAGAACACGCAGCCGGGGGGCAUCCGGCUGCGGCCCAACGACCCCUACACCAUCUACACCACGGACAUCUCCGCCAUCAACCUCAACACCGACCUCUACGGCUCGCACCCGGUGUACAUGGACCUCCGGAGCCUGGGCGGCCGCGGCGUCGCGCACGCCGUGCUGCUGCUCAACAGCAAUGGCAUGGACGUGUUCUACAGGGGGACCUCGCUGACCUACAAGGUCAUCGGAGGUCUUCUCGACUUCUACUUCUUCGCCGGGCCGACGCCCUUGGCCAUCGUGGAUCAGUACACGUCGAUGAUCGGCCGUCCCGCGCCCAUGCCAUACUGGGCAUUUGGGUUCCACCAAUGUAGGUGGGGGUACAAGAACCUUUCAGUGGUAGAGGGCGUUGUGGAGGGUUAUCGGAAUGCCCAGAUACCGCUGGACGUGAUCUGGAAUGAUGAUGACCACAUGGAUGCCGCUAAGGACUUCACACUUGACCCGGUCAACUACCCACGCCCCAAACUGCUGGCAUUCCUUGACAAGAUCCAUGCACAAGGGAUGAAGUACAUUGUCCUCAUCGACCCUGGCAUUGCUGUGAACAACUCCUAUGGCGUCUACCAGCGUGGCAUGGAACGUGACAUCUUCAUCAAACUGGAUGGGGAGCCAUACCUCGCCCAGGUGUGGCCUGGACCUGUCUACUUCCCAGACUUUCUCAACCCCAACGGUGCGUCAUGGUGGAUUGAUGAGGUGCGGAGGUUUCAUGAUUUGGUCCCGGUGGAUGGGCUCUGGAUUGACAUGAAUGAGGCCUCCAACUUCUGCACGGGCAAGUGCACAAUCCCAAAGACGCACCAGUGCCCUAUUCCUGACUCCAAGACACCAUGGGUCUGUUGUUUGGAUUGCAAGAACAUUACAAACACAAGAUGGGAUGAGCCGCCAUACAAGAUCAAUGCCUCUGGGCAGACUGCUCGUCUCGGCUUCAACACCAUUGCAACCAGUGCUACACACUACAAUGGCAUCCUGGAGUACAACGCACACAGUCUGUAUGGCUUCUCGCAGGCCAUUGCCACGCAUAAGGCACUGCAAGGGCUGCAGGGGAAGAGGCCGUUCAUUCUGACCCGCUCCACGUUCGUCGGGUCGGGAGCAUAUGCCGCGCACUGGACCGGCGACAACAAGGGCACAUGGGAAAAUCUCCGUUAUUCCAUCUCGACGAUGCUCAACUUUGGCAUCUUCGGCAUGCCGAUGGUUGGCUCUGACAUCUGUGGCUUCUACCCGUCGCCGACUGAGGAGCUCUGCAACAGGUGGAUUGAGCUCGGGGCCUUCUACCCGUUCUCCAGGGACCAUGCCAACUUCGCGUCACCGAGGCAGGAGCUCUACGUCUGGGAGUCCGUGGCGAAGUCGGCGCGGAACGCGCUCGGCAUGCGGUACAAGCUGCUCCCCUACCUGUACACGCUCAGCUAUCAGGCACACCUGACCGGGGCCCCCGUGGCGCGGCCGGUGUUCUUCUCCUUCCCCGACUUCACGCCGUGCUACGGGCUGAGCACGCAGUUCCUGCUUGGCGCCAGCGUCAUGGUGUCCCCGGUCCUGGAGCAGGGCGCCACUUCGGUGAGCGCCAUGUUCCCACCGGGCACCUGGUACAACCUGUUCGACAUGAAGAAGGUGGUGGUGUCCAAGAGCGGCGCCCCAGUGAAGCUGGACGCGCCGCUGAACGAGAUCAACGUGCACGUGUACCAGAACACGAUCCUGCCGAUGCAGCGCGGCGGGUUCGUCUCCAAGGACGCCCGGGCGACGCCGUUCACGCUCGUGGUCGCGUUCCCGUUCGGGGCGACGCAGGCGGACGCGGAGGGCGCGGUGUACGUGGACGACGACGAGCGGCCGGAGAUGGUCCUCGCGGAAGGGCAGGCGACGUACGCGCGCUUCCACGCGAGCGUGCGCGGCAAGGCCGUGACGGUGCGGUCGGAGGUGCUGAUGGGAAGCUACAGCCUGCACAAGGGGCUGGUCAUCGAGAAGCUGUCGGUGUUGGGUCUGGAGGGUACCGGCAAGGACCUCGCCAUCCAGGUGGACGGCGCGGAUGCCACCGCAGUCGCGACGUCGAGCCCUUACUUCGCGGCGGGUGGCAACGCGAAGCUGCAAGGGGAAGAAGGCGUCGAGGAUAGCAAGAACGGCGUCAUGGUGGAGGUCAGCGGGCUGGCAUUGCCGCUGGGGAAGAGCUUCACCAUGACCUGGAACAUGCGGAUCGAAGCUUAG